AUGAGUAGCGAUCUGAAGCCUGCCAUCAAGACAUUGCUACGCGCUUAUGGCGUUGGAUGGUCUGUGACAACAGCACCAGCACUGGCCUCUGUCAUCGUCAAGGCAUUGCUGAACAAAAAGAGCAAAUCAAGCGCUAUUCAAAAAGCAAUUUUCACCAUGAUACCUCAGUUGCUCAAGAAGAGUAUCACAAGUAACGGCUUUCCAGUCUUGAUUGCUGCAUCAUUUGGAGGUCAAAAGUUCUUGCGCCAUGUAUUCAACAAGAAGAAGGAGGUGCUCUCUCAGAAAUCUGCUAUAUUCUGGUCUGCUUUAAUCAGUGUGUGGUCGAUUCGACGCCUGUAUCCCAACAUCAAGACGCUGGAUUUGACGUUCUUUGUGCUUGUGCGUGCGUUUGACGUCUUUGCUCACAGGAUUUACGCUUCUCCACAGGUGAGACAAAAAGUACCAGAAUGGACACUCGAGUAUGGCAACAUUGCCAUCUUUAUGCUGGCAAGUACAGAGAUCAUAUUUUCAUGGUUUUACGAACCUGAGAGAUUGCCCAGAUCUUAUGCUGGCUGGAUUACAAACAUGUCAGGCAUUGACGAUAGAUUAUUAAAGGCACUGCGAGCCAUCAGACAAGGAGAGUGGGUCUAUGGCAAAGAUACGGGUUUUGGCCAUCUCUUGGGCGAUUAUUGCGUCAAGUUGGGCCUACCAAGAUCUUAUGGUGAUCCGCUGUCUGGAAGAAUCGACUGUUCUGUGAUUCAUGAAGGAAAUCCAUACGGUUGUGAAGUAAAUGCGCUAAGUCGAUUCUACAAAGGUUUCAUCAAAAUCUUCCCUGUCUAUCUUUCUGUGCAUUUAGCCCCUCCUUUGUUCUUUAGAACAUCUCGUCUACUUCAAAAUCCCGCAAGCUCCAUCAUUCACAUCUUACUAGCGUCAGUCAGAUCUUCCACAUUUUUGGGAACUUACAUUGCCAUCAUUUGGUACAGCAUUUGUCUUGUCAGAACAAGAAUAGGCCAUCAAGUGUUGGGUGUGAAUCAAACUCGCUUAGAUGAUACCCUGGGUCCCUUGGUCGGAGCCAUGCUGUGUGGUCUCUCGCUGCUGGUGGAAAGCAAGCAUCGUCGUGGCGAAAUGACGCUUUAUGUCGUCCCUAGAGCAUUGUUUUCAUUCACGGAACGCAUCCUCAGUCCCCAUCAAAAGGGAAGAUGGUGGGAGCACAGAGUAGCUGAAACUGCAGAGAACUUGGCAUUUGCAGCAUCUGUCAUGGUCGUGAUGAGUGCAGUUUACAAGGAUAAAUACAUGGUGCGACCUUCGAUCCGAGGUCUCAUGUCUUGGAUUCUUAAAGAUGAGAUCAAGAGCGAUCAGCAGAAAGAUCAAAUCAAUUUUAGUGGAGACUCGACUCCCGUAGACGGCGAUGAUGAAGAUGACGGAACAGCAUUAGAGAUUACCAAGAAAUAA